GCACUACUCGAAAAUAUCGGAGGUGCUAGGCAUCGUUUCUAUUAGCCAAUGCAUCUCCAAGGCGCCAGUUCACACUGGCUGAGAACAAGGCCACACGCCACGUCGAAUAUUUGCCAGCAAGGACAGAAUCAUCCUUACUAAGGUUUCAGUAAGAAAUAGUGCUUACUAGAAUCUCCACGGGCAACAAUCAGUACUAGUAAUGCUGGAGCAUGUACCAUAGAGAACCGGUUUUAUGAUAACCACUGCUUGAAUAAUGCUGCUACAUGCAUACUGGCUCACUACGUCGAGCUACUUACUUUGCACUUCCAGCAUUAUUCCACACUCAAUAAGUUCAAUGAUCCAGGCUGAGUUCGGGGAAGGGACAUCCUGUCUCCACCCGGGUAAAGCCCGAAGCCCCGAACUUUUAAAGAAAGAGGGGCUGACGGCCCGUGGAUGGCAAAAGCUCUGUCGGAACCCUACUAAAUACUGCACAUCACUAGUUCUUCUUCAAAUAUGGUUGCAGAAAAUGAAUAAUCAUCGGCAGUACUACUGCCGACCUUGCUGCUGCAUACAUACUCGACAACACAGCGGCCCACAAACAACUUCGUCCUGGCCACACUGCUUUGAUUUGCUUGAUUUACAACGGGAACGGCAACGCACAUGCACAGGCAACAAUCAGAAGACUAGGGAAAAAAAAUAAAUAGAAUAUUCUUCUAGGGAAGGAAUGGAAAGGAAGUGUGGGAAUCCAGCCUCAUGCUGUGUUCCUUUGUCCCGGAGUACUUUUUUUCUUCUCUCAACGAAGUUGGUUCGCUCUGUUUGGAAAAAAAAAAGAAACCAACAGCUCUCAG